AUGCGCCUUCUUCUUGCGUCGCAUACACUCGUAUGUCCACUGGCACCUAGCUCGUGCGAUGCCGAAAGCAUGUCCUCACCUUCUGAGGGCAGCCAGAAUGUCUUCGCAGAGAGCUCGAGCUUUCACGACGAAGGCGGUCACAGCAGCUGGAUCGAGCAGCCGUCCCACGAUCCGAACGACGACAACACCUUGACCAAACAGGAUCACGCACCACAGGCCUUCGCCUCGAGGGCAGCAUCAUCGUCACGCUUGCACCCACAUCCGCGGCCAGUGUCGUUGCCUCAUCGCCACCUCAGCACACAGACGUUAGGUCGAUCAGCACAUUCCUCCCCGCGCAACAGCACCGACUCCUUCCCACGUCGACCACCGCUCGUCGACCGCGUCACCUCCUCCCGCUCUCUCUUCCUCCCUGCGAUCAACUACUCGAGCUCGCAGCAGCCAGACGACCGAGAUGAUUGGAGAUCGACCGCUGUCGGCUCUACACCGCUCGAUCGCACCAUGGACCGCAUCGGCAUGGGAAGAUAUCAAUGGACCGUGCUCAUCCUCUCUGGUCUGGGUUGGGCUGCCGACAACAUGUGGAUCCAAGCCAUCGCCAUCAUCCUACCUCACAUACAGCGCUACUUCAUGCUCACCGAUGGCAUCGUCGGUCUCGCCAGCUCCUCCAUCUUCGUCGGCAUGUUUCUGGGCUCCAUAGCGUGGGGCACUAUCUCCGACUCGUACGGCAGAAGGGCUGCUUUCAACAUCACCCUUGCCGUGACGGCGAUCUUCGGCUCUCUGUCGGCCAUGGCUUCGAGCUUUCCGCUCUUGUGUCUGCUGCUGUUGGCGGUGGGCACGGGUGUUGGCGGAAGCAUGCCGACUGACUCCUCAAACUUGGUCGAGAAUCUCCCCGUGAGGAAGCACAGCUACGUGACCGCUCUGUCGGUCUUCUUUUCGGCGGGAUCGGUGGUCUCUUCGCUGAUUGGGUUGUUGGUGCUGUCGGCAAGCGAUCCGGAUGGCUGGAGAUGGUUGUUGGGUGCGCUUGCGUUUGUGACGGUGCUUUUCGUGUCCGCGAGGGUAGUGUUUUUCAGAUUGCUGGAGUCGCCAAAGUAUCUCGUACAUUCCGGCAGGCCACAAGAGGCAAGGGACAUUCUGCAGAGGAUUCAUCGGUACAAUGGUGGAGCGACCAUUUCACUUCGUAUACAGGACGUAGUGGAUCACAAUGGCUCUGAUCCCAGGAGAGGCGGUGAGAACAUGGAAAGCAGUCAGCACUCGAUGCAUCAGCAUCCGUCUCGCAAGAGCACGGGAGUGAGCCAGCAGAGAAACGAUGUUACUUCCAACGACGAGCGGCUGCAGGACAGCUACACGGAAGACGAAGACGGCGAGGCAGACCUCUCGGGUCAAGCUGCCACUCGUCCACUACUGGGAGACGCUACGGCAUCAGAAGACGAAACGGACAGUGCUCGCAAGAGCGAUCAAUACGACACCAGCGUGCACAUACGCAACGGCGGCAGCGCCAUCUCGCAACCUUCUUCCCUCAAUCGCGACUUGCCGUCAUCGCUCUCAUGGCUGCCCAAAAGUUGGCAUCCAAGCGCAGCAGAUCUAGCCUCGCGCUACAGCGAAAUGUUCUCGCCAGAGUGGAAGCGCACCACCAUCCUCAUCUGGAUCAUCUGGGGUGGCAUGUCGUACGGCUUCACCACCUUCAACGUUCUCCUCCCCAAAUACCUCGAGCGCGGAUACGACCCUUCCCAACCAUCGACCCUGAGUCCAGCAGAACCCGACGACGCCACCAUCCGACGAGCACUGAUCGACAUCCUCCUCUACUCGCUCUCGUCGCUUCCCGGCAGCUUGAUUUCGGCCUACAUGGUCGAAACGAGGCUCGGACGCAUCGGCACCAUGGCCACCUCCACCGCCGUCAUGGCCGCUUCCGUAGCCCUCUUCUCCGCCACACUCUGGCGGUCCAGCUUGACAGUAGUUUCCAUCUCGAGCUCCAUCUCGUAUGCUGCCAUCUACGGGUACACGCCCGAAGUCAUGGCGCCCACCAUCCGGGCAACGGCGUGCGGCACCGCUUCGGCCAUCAGUCGCGUCGCCGGUAUCGUCGCACCCAUCCUCGCUGGCUGGACCUACUCACUGGCACCACCCCUCCCGCUGUUUCUCGCAGCUACGGUGCUUGGCAUCGUCACUUUUGCAAUGGCAAUGCUGCCUAUAGAGACUCGUGGUCGCGCAGCAGAUGCGUCGCGAGCUGACGACGGUGAGAAUUCUACCAUCCAUUAG